UUGAUGAACGAUGUCAUUUAAAAAAAAUACGAAAAAGUUUACCUAUACCUAAAUUCUUUACAAAAAGAGGCAGAAACAGCAAAGCGCAACCUCUUGCAGAGUCCCGACUUGGGUGGGACUACGCAGCGUAGUCUACGCUCCCAAGUCCCAAGUUCCCAACACUCCUAAACAGUAAUAAUAAUCCAUAAGGAUUGUUUUGUCUCUAAUUACAUCCUAUUCCCAUUAUGUAUUAAACUUUUAAAAUUAUUAAAUUAUAAUUUAAUUUUAAAUGCACAUCUGACCAUUAUUUUUAAUCGGUUGAAAUCUCAUGAAAUUCAGUCAUGUACACAUAUUAUCUUAUCACACAGUUAGGCAGGCACCUACUUAUUAUACUAUUUGUCAUACAUUAACACGUAAAAUAGGUAGGCAAUCCUUUUGUAAACCUACUUAUCUACAUUCACCUGAGUUUCAUGUUUCAUCAAAUACAUUCUCAAAAAUAAAAUGCAUUCUCUACAAAAUAUGCCUAAAAUUACAGUUAAAGGUAUUUAUAUCUCGGUACUACUUAUCUACUAUACCUACCUACGAAAACAUUACCUACCCUUUGUACCUACAUUCGAAGUUAAAUAUUCAAAUAUAUUCAAAGUGUCCUUUAUUUUUAUCCAACGUUUUAACUGCGUAAUCCCGUAGCUAAUGGCUCGUGCGCCAUUGUCAUGGUGAACUCAGCUGGAAGAAAAUGCGUUGACGUCCUUUUGGUGCCUUUAUAAAAACAGUUUUGGGCAAAACACUGUCAGAUGAAGCUUAGGCUUCCGAUAAGACCGGCUUAAACUUUCUGAUUUGUAACGAUGUUUAAAACAAAAUUUGCUUUUAUAAUGAGAGUGCCUAUAGUGUUGUGUUGUGUGAUGGUUCUGUGUAUAGGCAUUUCAGCGGGCGCGCGCUGUAAACCGAGGACAUACCUGCACAAGGCAAUGCAGACAGACCUCAACGGGAGACGCUGUUGGGGGGAAGUCCAGAUCAAAUCAUGUUGGGGAUAUUGCCUCUCCUACGAGAUAUCGGACUGGCAGUUCCCAUACAAGGAGUCUCAUCACCCAGUCUGCGUACAUGGGGGCAGGAAGCAUGCGUUAGCCAAGUUGAAGCAUUGUGAUCCUGGCGUGCAAUCUGGCACUGAGGAUUAUCAUUAUGUCGAAGCAGCUAACUGCAGAUGCCAGGUUUGUUCCUCGGACGAUACGAGCUGUGAAUGGCUACCACCAGAUUCUUCAUUACUUGGAGGACUUAUACUGAAAGAAGAGUUACAAGAAGAAAUCCCAGAAGAUGACACGGAAUAACAAGUCUAAGCUACCGAUUCUAUUUGUGCUAGUAGCUACAAAUCAAUUAUUGUAUCAAUGGAACGUUAAAUAAAUUACUUACAUGUUGCAAGAGGGUUUAUAAUGUAAGACUUUUAAUUAGAACAAUUUUAUUAUUUAAAAUAAAGUGAAUUAAGUUCGAGAAAAGCUGUUUAAAUUGAGAUUGUGAGUCUCUUUAAGGAACAGUCGAGUACAUAAAUAUAUUGGCAAUGCCCUAUGUUUCGAAAUAAAGUAGCGCAGUAGCGCAGUCAAUACUGCGUUACUGCAACAUGAUAAUGAACAUCAGUCGUCUUAUCAGUCGUGCGUGGUAUAUGGCGUGGUA